AUGGCGACCCACAACCUCAACUCCACAAAGGAAAUAAUCUUGCUGGGACUUUCCAGUGACCGCACCACUCAAAUCCUCCUCUUUGUGCUUGUUCUGCUAAUGUACAUCUUUAUCCUUGUGGGGAAUCUCGGGGUCAUAGCGCUGGUACAGUUGGAGUCCCACCUACAGACCCCCAUGUAUUUUUUCCUAUCACACCUUUCGAGUGCAGAGAUCUGUUUUGUCACCACCAACCUUCCCCAGUUGUUGGAUCAGCUUCUAACAGGUCGUGGAGUGAUCUCCUUAGCCCGUUGUGCGCUACAGAUGUACACCACCUUGUCUCUAGGUUGUAUUGAAGCAUUCCUGCUAGGAGUCAUGGCUUACGACCGCUACUUAGCCGUCUGCCGCCCCUUAGUGUACGUCACUAUCAUGGAAAAACGGCGCCAGUUCCAACUUGCUUCAGCCUGCUGGUUAGCCGGCUUUUCCAUUGCGGCCAUAUGCUCCAGUCUCACCUUUCGGCACACUUUCUGCCACUCCUGCUGCAUCAAUCACUUUGUCUGUGAGAUUCCCAUGGUGGUGAAGAUGGCGUGCGAUGACACGAGUGUCACAGAGUUAAUCAUUGUCGUGUUUGCAGGGGUCGUUAUCCUGGGUCCCUUUCUACUCAUCGUGACCUCCUAUUGCCUCAUUCUGUUCUCCGUGUUGAAAAUGCGGUCGGCCACCGGUCUUCGCAAGGUCUUCUCGACAUGCGGGUCCCAUUUGUUGGCGGUCCUCGUGUUCUAUGGCCCAAGCACCCUUAACUAUAUUAUACCCCACGAAGGAGAGGCUGCGGAUAACGACAAGAAGGUCGCCGUGUUUUACCUCGUGUUCACCCCUCUUCUGAAUCCUCUUAUUUACACUCUGCGGAACAAGGAUAUCCACGAAGCGAUGGCCAAGCUGGUGCGAAGGUGGCAAUCGUAA